UUGACGCGCACCGAAAUGUAGUGGACCUGUUUCGCCUGCUGUUUUCAACAACAAGUUUUGGUUUGCAUGACGUUUGGCUACAGAAUGGUGGACAGCAUAAGAAAGUUGGAUCCAUGUGACUGGUAGUGAUUAUGUCUUUUUUUUUUUUUUUUUACAUGAUGCGGUGUGUAAAAGCCCAUACUGGGAAUAACUUGGACUGCGUUCUGCGCUACGCGCUGUAGGUAUGGCACACCAGGCGCUCCACUGCAUGGAUAAGCGCUGUUUCUUUCUGUUGCAAUGUACCAGUGCGCCGUAAAUAUUCACGGUGAGUUCGACAAGAGAACUAUGGAGAAAAGAAAGAGACUUUUCGUUUAUCUUCUCGUCACGGCGCAGCUCUGUCUGAGCUCAGCACAAGUCCUCAGAAUCGGUGGUAUUUUCGAGACCCGGGAGAGUGAGCUAGUGAGUAUGGAUGAGCUGGCUUUCAAGUUUGCUGUAACUAAUAUAAACCGCAACAGGACCCUGAUGCCCAACACAACACUCACUUACGACAUUCAGAGGAUCAACCUCUUUGAUGGCUUCGAGGCCUCCAGGAGAGUGUGUGACCAGCUUGCUCUCGGGGUGGUUGCCGUGUUCGGCCCGUCUCACAGCUCCUCGGUCAGCGCCGUCCAGUCCAUCUGUAACGCUCUGGAGGUGCCACACAUCCAGACCCGCUGGAAACACCCCUCAGUGGACAACAAGGACACCUUCUUCAUCAACCUGUACCCAGAGUACACCGCCAUUGCCAGGGCCAUACUCGACGUAGUCACCUUCUUCAAGUGGAAAAAACUUACUGUGGUGUACGAGGACAGCACUGGGCUGAUGCGGAUGCAGGAGCUGAUCAAGGCCCCAGCAAAGUUCAACCUGAAGAUCAAGAUCCGCCAGCUGACCCCGGGGAACCAGGAUGCCCGCCCGCUGCUCAAAGAGCUGAAGAAAGACAAGGAGUUCUUUGUCAUCUUUGACUGCUCCUACCGAAUGGCUGCUGAGCUCCUGAAGCAGCUUUCAUCAAUGGGAAUGAUGACUGAGUACUACCAUUUCUUUUUCACAACUUUGGAUUUGUUUGCCUUGGACUUGGAGCCGUACCGCUACAGCGGGGUGAACAUGACAGGCUUCAGACUGCUGAAUAUAGAUGACCCAUGGGUGGCCUCCACUAUGGACAAGUGGGCCAUGGAGAGACUGCAGGGUCCCAAACAAGAAAGUGGCCUGAUGGAUGGAAUCAUGACUACAGACGCAGCCUUGAUGUAUGACGCAGUGUUCAUGGUUGCUGUCGCGUCCCAGCGGGCCACUCAGAUGACCGUCAGCUCUCUGCAGUGUCACCGCCACAAACCCUGGCGCUUUGGGCCACGCUUCAUGAACCUUUUCAAAGAGGCGCAGUGGGAUGGACUGACAGGGCACAUUGUUCUUAAUAAGACAGAUGGCCUGAGGAGAGACUUUGAUUUGGACAUCAUCAGCCUCAAAGAGGAUGGCACUACCAGGGGUUUUGUGGAGGGCGGAAGUCGCCUUACUAAGAGGUGGAUCAAGAUUGCUGUGUGGAACUCUAACACGGGGCUGAACCUGACAGAGAAGUCCAACCGCGACAAGAAUAACAAUGUGACAGACUCUCUCGCUAACAGGACUCUUAUUGUCACCACAAUACUGGAAAACCCAUAUGUGAUGUAUAAGAAGUCAGACAAGGAGCUAGUUGGCAACGACCGGUUUGAAGGCUACUGUCUGGACCUAUUGAAAGAGCUCUCCAACAUCUUGGGCUUUACAUAUGAGGUCAAACUGGUGUCUGAUGGGAAAUACGGAGCCCAGAACGACAAGGGAGAGUGGAACGGGAUGGUGCGGGAGCUGAUCGACCAUAUAGCAGACCUUGCUGUGGCUCCCCUGACUAUCACCUACGUCAGGGAGAAGGUCAUUGACUUCUCCAAGCCCUUCAUGACCUUAGGCAUCAGCAUCCUAUACCGUAAACCUAACGGCACCAACCCCGGGGUAUUUUCCUUCCUUAAUCCCCUGUCUCCGGACAUCUGGAUGUAUGUGCUGCUGGCCUGCACUGGAGUCAGCUGCGUGCUCUUUGUUAUUGCCAGGUUUACGCCAUACGAGUGGUACAACCCACAUCCAUGCAACCCGUCUUCGACUCUAAUACAGAACAAUUUCACUUUACUGAAUAGUUUCUGGUUUGGCGUUGGAGCUCUCAUGCAGCAAGGCUCGGAGCUGAUGCCUAAGGCUCUGUCCACUCGUAUAGUUGGGGGGAUCUGGUGGUUUUUUACCUUAAUCAUCAUCUCCUCCUACACGGCCAACUUGGCUGCCUUCCUCACCGUGGAACGAAUGGAUGCACCCAUUGACUCAGCUGACGACCUGGCCAAGCAGACCAGGAUCGAAUACGGGGCGGUGAGGGAUGGAUCCACCAUGACUUUCUUCAAGAAAUCAAAGAUCUCCACCUAUGAGAAGAUGUGGGCAUUUAUGAGCAGCAGGAAGAACACGGCUCUGGUCAAGAACAACCAGGAAGGCAUCACCCGUGUCUUAACCACAGACUAUGCCAUGCUGAUGGAGUCGACCAGCAUAGAGUACAUCAGCCAGAGAAACUGCAACCUCACACAGAUUGGAGGCCUCAUCGACUCCAAGGGCUAUGGGGUGGGAACACCUAUAGGGUCUCCGUACAGGGACAAAGUGACCAUCGCCAUCCUUCAGCUGCAGGAGGAGGGGAAGCUGCACAUGAUGAAGGAGAAAUGGUGGAGAGGAAAUGGCUGUCCAGAGGAAGACAACAAGGAGGCCAACGCUCUUGGCGUGGAAAACAUCGGUGGCAUUUUUAUCGUCCUGGCUGCUGGUCUGGUCCUGUCUGUGUUUGUGGCUAUUGGCGAAUUCAUCUACAAAGCCCGCAGGAACGCAGACAUCGAGGAGGCCUUUUGUUUCUUUUACGGGGUGCAGUCCCGUCAGUUCCAGCGACGCGGCUCCACCUCUUCCUCUGGCACCUCUUUAUCCACUGAUCUGGAGAGCGGCAGACUCCUGGGGGACGACAUUGAGUAGCCACGGCAACAAACGUACAGCAUACACUCUAUAAAUGAUAGUGUGUGUCUUUUAGCACCGUCAUGGAGGAGUUGGGCAUCUCCCUGCAGUGUUACAAAAGCAUGAGGAGGAGGUCGCGACCCCGAAGCAGAGCAGGAUCAGCCUGCGUCUUCUGUCAACCCAAACGCUCCGCAAAGAGGGAGGGAGUGGGAGGGGACUCUAGCACUUAAUUCUUGGAUUGAAAAACUGAUGGAACAUAGAUCAAAGACUACAGCUGAACGCUUGCCAUCCCUCAGAUCUGUUUGUGGGCCACUUUAUGAUAUAAAGUUGUUGUUUUCCUCACUCCCUCCCCCCACAUGAAUGUUUAUGUGUAUGGAUAAUACAUUAAGCAUAAGCAUUACAGAUGUAGUUUACAAUGUCUUGGGCUUGUAUCAACAUCAAUAAUGAAAUGUUAAAUGUAUAGAUUAUGACUAAAAGAAUGAAAGCUGUUUCAUAUUAACCUCUGUUGUUCCUUCAUGCUUGUCCUGGUGUGUAGCCGUUCACUGUUCUGAGCAGUUUUCAGAGUAGACUCUGCACACUUUGUAGAUGCUCCCACAGUGUAAAUUUAUUACCACUUCACCAAUUUUCAGAGUAAACAGUUUUUGCAUUUUUUAAA